AUGGCAUCCAUGGACGUUGAAUCACUCUUCACCAACGUUCCUGUCGACAAAACCACAGAUCUCAUCUGUCAACGCAUCUACCACUUAGAAAACGAAGAGCCACUCAACAUUCCCGAAGCCUCGCUGCGCCUCCUUCUACAAGCAUGUACUAAAGAAGUACCAUUUUACGGACCCGACGGCAAGAUGUACGUGCAGCGAGACGGUGUGGCCAUGGGAUCACCCCUCGGCGUCCUCUUCGCCAACUUCUACAUGGGGUCCAUCAAAGAAAGGCUAUUUGCACGCCACCCUCAGCUCAAACCACAAAUCUACGCCAGGUACGUCGAUGACAUCUUCAUCAGCGUUGGCACCGUGAGCCACAUCAACGAGUUAAUCACCGAAUUCAAGAACGACUCCUGCUUAAACUUCACGCAAGAAAUAGAACAAAAUAAGAAGCUCCCAUUUCUGGACACCAUGGUGCACCGUGAGGACACAUCUUUUUCAACAGAAGUGUACGUGAAAGCCACUAACUUCGGGUUCUGUCUCAACGGUGCUAGCGAAUGCCCCGAAAGAUAUAGGCGCAGCGUAAUCAGCGCCUUUGUCAAGAGGGCCCUCACACACACCUCAGUAUGGGCAGCCGCGAACACCGAGCUGAAGAGAGUUUCCCAGCUUCUCGCCAACAACGGCUACCCGCAGCAAGAAAUUGACGACGGGAUUAAACGACGACUCGAUAACUUCAUGAGUCCUGAACCAAAAGAGAAAGACACGUCGAGAAUCACCCUAUAUUACAAGAACACCAUGUCGUCAGAAUACAAAGAAGACGAGAAGACCCUUAAGAAGAUCAUCCACAAGAACGUAACACCCACCAACCCCGACACCAAGCUCGACCUCAUAAUCUUCCACAAAUCAAGAAAAACCGCCAACCUGAUCAUGAGAAACAGCUGUCUACCUCCAACAAGUCCACUACAAGAGGUGAACGUCGUGUACCAACACACAUGUUCUUUAGGUGACUGCAGUCGCCUACACUCUAGGUACAUCGGCGUCACCACAACAACUCUAUCGAAGAGAAUAACAGCUCACCUCACAGAUGGAGCAAUAAGAAGGCAUUACCUCAGCGAACACGGACUCAUCCUGAGGAGGAAACACAUGGAGGACAACACCAUAAUAUUGACAAGAGAAAACAACAACAAGAGACUCAAAAUGACCGAGGCAGUGCUAAUUUACACCCAGAAACCUGCAAUAAACAUACAGCAGCAACCCGACACGUCACUCCUGACAAAGAGGCAGCGAGCGCCAAGCUAA